UGCAGGGCUAUAAUUGAAGUACAAGAUGGCAAGAACCAGCCACAGCAACUACGUCCUUCAGCAGCUAAACAACCAAAGAGAGUGGGGCUUUCUGUGCGACUGCUGUAUCGCUAUCGAUGAUAUUUAUUUUCAAGCACAUAAAGCAGUCCUUGCUGCGUGCAGCUCCUAUUUUAGAAUGUUUUUUAUGAACCAUCAACACACUACAGCCCAGCUGAAUCUAAGCAACAUGAAGAUUAGCGCUGAAUGCUUUGAUCUUAUUUUACAGUUCAUGUAUUUAGGAAAAAUUAUGACAGCCCCUGCCAAUUUUGAGCAAUUUAAAGUGGCCAUGAACUAUUUACAGCUGUAUAACGUACCUGAAUGUCUAGAAGAUAUACAGGAUACAGACUCAUCUAGUUUAAAAUGUUCAUCUUCUGCUUCUAGCACCCAGAAUAGUAAAAUGAUAUUUGGCGUGAGAAUGUAUGAAGACACGCUUGCUAGAAAUGGCAGCGAAGCAAACAGGUGGGGCAUGGAGCCGCCAAGUUCAACAGUAAAUACAUCCCAUAACAAAGAGCCUGAUGAAGAAGCUUUGCAGCUAAGCAGCUUCCCUGAACAACUGUUUGAUGUCUGCAAAAAAAGCACCACGUCCAAAUUCUCUCACACAAAAGAGCGUGUGUCCCACUCACGCCGUUUUGGAAGAAGCUUCACCUGCGACAGCUGCGGGUUUAGUUUUAGCUGUGAAAAGCUACUGGAUGAGCAUGUGUUAACGUGCACUAACAGGCAUUCCUACCAAAGUGCCAGGUACUACGGUGCUGAAAAAAUAGACUUUAAUGAAAAGGACUCUACUUCUAAAAUAAUCUCCACGCAAACAGAAAAAUACAAGGGGGAUUCGAGCCAAGCUGCGGACGAUUCUUUGUCUCCUGUGUCAAACAUCACGAGCAGAAAAGGCAGCACGGUUGCCUCCGAGACAUCAGGUGAAGAAGGAAGUAGAGCCUCUGAGAGGAAGAGGAUUAUCAUCAAGAUGGAACCAGAGGACAAUCCUGCAGAUGAGCUGAAGGAUUUUAAUAUUAUUAAGGUGACAGAUAAAGACUGCAAUGAGUCCUCCGACAAUGACGACCUAGAUGAUGAACAGGAAGAGCCGCUUUACAGAUACUAUGUCGAGGAAGAGAUCAGAGAGAAGAGAAAUGCUCGGAAGACUUUAAAACCCCGUUUAUCCAUGGAUGAGGAUGAAAGAAAGUGUUUGAAAAGUCCGCGGCACCUUAGCAGGAAGGCCCCUUCAGUGCAGGAAGACGUGGAGAACACUCCCUGUGAACUUUGUGGGCUAACAAUCACUGAGGAAGAUUUGUCCUCUCAUUAUUUAUCCAAACACAUAGAAAAUAUAUGUGCUUGUGGCAAGUGUGGUCAAAUACUCGUCAAAGGCAAGCAGUUACAGGAUCAUGCGCAGACCUGUGGAGAACCCCAGGAUCUGACCAUGAACGGUAUCAGAAAUUCCGAGGAGAAAAUGGACUUGGAAGAAAACCCCGAGGAGCAGUCGGAAAUAAGGGACAUGAUGUUUGCAGAGAUGCUAGAGGACUUCAGGGACAGUCACUUCCAAAUGAACAGCCUUCAAAAAAAACAGUUAUACAAGCAUUCUGCCUGUCCUUUCCGAUGCCCUAAUUGCAGUCAGCGUUUUGAAACUGAAAACCUGGUGGUUGAACAUAUGUCAAACUGCCUGGAGCAAGAUCUGUUCAAGAACUCCAUGAUGGAAGAGAACGAGAGGGAUCACAGACGUAAGCAUUUCUGCAAUCUUUGUGGGAAAGGAUUUUAUCAGCGUUGCCACUUGCGGGAACACUAUACCGUUCAUACCAAGGAAAAACAGUUUGUUUGUCAGACAUGUGGGAAGCAGUUCUUAAGAGAGCGCCAGUUGCGGCUCCACAAUGAUAUGCACAAAGGCAUGGCCAGUAGUGAAAUAGGGACUUCUAAGCUUCUGAACAACUGAGAGAACCAGGUUUGAAGAAGACAUGAGGAAGAACUGGUCGGCAAAAGAUUUCAUAAAAACUCAGAACCACGUGUGCCAGAUCUGAAUUGGCACCACCUUUGCUUUUUUUUGACAUACUGCAGCAGUCGCAAAAGGCACCAGAGCAGUCAAAUUAAAACAUGCAGUAAAAGUUGUUUUGGACUCUGUAUUAUAAAACUUAUUUCCUUGUGACUAUUAUUUACACCUGUUAAAAACAAAUUUGAAGUCUCCUUUCAUGGAGCAGAAAGCCAAAAAAGGCAGAUGCCAGGUGUUAAAGGCUGCACUGAAAGGAGUUUGUAGAAUUUGCUAUUAAUGUGCUGGAGUGCUCCUUUUCUGAAAUGAGGCUUCUUAGAGUUUCUGUCAAAAACUGUUUAGAUGUUUUAGUUCCAACGUUAGAAGUGUAUACUCGUGAACGAAAAGUUACAUAUUUUCAGAGAGUUACAAUGCUAAACUAUCAAGUGUUAAAAAAGACCAAAAAAAAAAAAAAGAGUAUGAGGUGAAAAAGAAUCUUAAGAACUGAGGACAGAGGGUCCCUGAGGAAGGACAGGAUGGUGAGAAAGAUCCAGCUGACCUGAUUCCCCCUGCUGCCAUGAUCAUCAUUUGCAAGCAGAAGAGGACCUUCCAUGGAGCACAGUGCU